AGAGCAGUAAGUUAGGUUACAGUAGAAGCAGCAGCGACUAGUCGAUCCCAGUUCUUAUAACCUAUAAAGAGGUCCUCGUCUUCCAAUGUGUUUUUGUUUGAAGAAUCAAUAGUAGUAUUCAAAGGAUCUUCCAUUUUGUAUAAUAUAUAUUGUAGAAUAAUCAAAUCAAUAUUCGGAAACAAGUGAUAUUACACGUAUACUUUAUACGUUUGAACAAUAUAAGUGUAGACUGUUCGUUGGUUAGGAGAGAUUUCCUCUUUGAAGCGUUUCGUUGUUCUAGAUAACCUACAAAGUAUAAGGAAAAAAGACCAAAUGGAAAGUGAAACAAGUACUUCGGAAGGACAAGAGAAGGAUAAAGCUAAUGAUCCUAAUGAUCUUGAUAUGACAGAGCAAAAAAUAAUAGCAUUGGCACAAAGUAAACCAAAAGGAAUAUCCGACAAAGAUUUAAUGAGCGAAAUGCCAAAUCUACAGCCGAUCCAAAGAGCACAGAUUAUAAAUAAGUUAUUGGUUAAAGGAUAUUUUGAUUUGUACAAACACAAUGGAUCAUUGCUUUAUCUGUUAAAAGAUCCGUCUAAAACGAAAAUAGCUAAGGGUUCUGAUAACGAAGAAAAGAUUGUCUACAGUAUAAUUGAAGAGGCGGGCAAUAAGGGAAUAUGGAUUAGAGACAUAAGAACUAAAUCUAAUCUAAUACUUAUUCAAUUGAAUAAAAUUCUCAAAAAAUUGGAAAAUAAAAAGUUUAUUAAAGCAGUGAAAUCUGUAGCAGCAAAUAAAAAGAAAGUCUAUAUGGUUUAUGACUUAGAACCAGACAGAUCUAUUACCGGUGGUGCAUGGUAUCAAGAUCAAGAUUUCGAAGCAGAAUUUGUAGACAUUCUUAACCAACAGUGUCUUAGAUUUUUGGAACAGAAAAGAGAAGAUGCAAGCAAAUGGGAUGGCGGCCCUUUAGAUGCCAAAAAUAUAGCAUUUGCCUCAUCUCAUGAAGUUUUGAAAUUUAUUUCAGAUUUAGGAAUAAGCAAGGUCAAAUUGAUGGUUGAGGAUUUAGAAAUGAUUUUAAAUACUUUGAUAUACGACGGAAAAGUAGAAAAAUCCGUGUCUACCGAUGGAACUAACAUGUAUAGAUCCGUAAGAUCUUUAUUAACCUCUACAGGGCUAUUGAAAGCCCCUUGCGGAGUUUGUCCUGUUAUGAAGAAUUGUUGCGAUAUAGGAGAUGUUACACCUACGAAGUGUUUAUACAUGAAGGAGUGGCUGGAGUUUUGAAGAUAUGUAAAUUAUUAAUCGAUUAGCAAAUAAAAAAAAUCAAUUUACUUUU